AGUGUGAGCUCAUUCAAAAACUACUGAAGCCAUUUUGGAAAAAGUGGAAAAUGUGAGCAAAAUCACCUCUAGCCUCUGCUCUGAUAACAUUGCCUUACAAGCUUCAAUCUUUCAUUGUUUUCCUUUAUCACAAUAAAUCCAAACAUCCCUGAACAAAAAAUGCACCGAACUGAGCAAGUGUAAUUGAGGGGCAUGUUCCUAUGGGCUUUUGAAUAGGGCGGUCCUAAACAGGAAAUGUAAUCAAAGUUUCUGACAUGCUGACUGGCUGUCUCUUGCGCAGUCUGAAAUAAUCCAUCAAUGCUGAAAUAUUAAUGCUGCUUAAUUAUAGACUGUGCUAAAAGCCAGAUCUAAUGAUGCAUUCUGUUUCCACCCACUACGCACACUUCCUGCUUUUUGAGAUUUAGAUAUAUCAUCUAAAGAUUUGUGUUAGUCUUUUUCAAACUGGGACAGCAAGAUAUUGCUGCAGUACAACAUUUUUGAUGCACAAUUCAUUUAAUUUUUGCCUCACUCUACGGUAUGGUAUGCUGUCUGUUUCUGUAAUUUUCUCAAUGUAUCUUCAAUUCUGUUCUGAUUAUGAAUGGUAUUGCAUUACAGUAAACUAAUGCAUUUUUAAACCUGUAUAAUAAUACUGGGUCUAUAUUUUCACAAUCUGAAGCUGAAAUGAGGCACUAGCUGAGCAAAAUGGCUACAGAUACCAUUUUAAAUUUGGGAUAACACAAGGCUUGAGGCUCCUUUCCUGUUGCUCCAGUUUUCUGGCUCGUUCCAUGCCAGGAAAGUAUUGGAUAACGUGAUACCUCCCUUAAAUAGACACCCACAGCAUAAACAAACUUCAGAGGGGCAAGAAACACUCUCCAGGGACAGAACCUUUCUCGCACCUCGAAGGCUCAGACUUUCUGUGGAUAGAUUUUUGGCUCCUGAUCUUCAUUCCAUAGACAAAGGAGGUUGCUAUUUUAAAAAACAAUUUUCACGGCGUGCAAAGUGUCAAGUUUGGCGGAGCCCAUGAGUUCGAAGAUUAAGUGGCGUAAGCCGAAGCAGAUCCGGAAUGAUGUGAUCGCCACGGCAAAGGCCACGGGCCACACCCUCCAGUUCUGGAACGCCCUCAUGGUGGGCGACCAUUUGACCCUAAUCACUAUAAUGGACGACGACGAGGGCUGCCACAUGAUUAAUUCCAUCUACGACACCAGCAACGCUGAGGAAUGGAAGGACUACCGUUUCAACUACAGAGGCCUCAGACUUUGGUCGCUGACCUACGAGCAGGAGCUGACCACGCCCCUUCACAUCGCAGCCGGGCGGGGCUUUAGCGAGUGCCUGAGGCACCUGCUGCAGAGGGGGGCCGACGUGGAGCUCAGCCCGGCGGGGUCCACCGCGCUGCACGAGGCCUGCGAGAAUGGGCACGCCGAGUGCGCCAAGCUGCUGCUCUCCUACGGGGCCAGCGCCAACGCCGUGAGCGAGGAGGGCCUGAUGCCCCUGCACAUGUGCACCAGCCCCGCCUCCCUCGAAUGCGCCAAGUACCUCCUGCAGUUCGGAGCCACGGUGAACGGGCGGAGCCUGGAGGAGGACAACACCCCGCUGCACGUGGCGGCGCAGCACGGCCUGCCGGGUCACACGGAGCUGUACCUGCGCUACGGGGCGGCCCUGGACCGGCGGAACGACGAGGGCAGCACGCCGCUCAACGCCGCCUGCUCACGGCCGCAGGAGGCCGAGGACCUGGGCCGCUACCACGACGUGUGCCGCAUGCUGCUGGCGGCCGGUGCCGACGUGCACACCGGCGACCAGGACAACCAGCUGCCGCUCCACAUGGCCUGCAAGAACGUCAACCCGGACACGGUGGACCUGCUGCUGCGGCACGGCGCCAGCGUCAACACCAUGUGCUACGCCGGCGACGCGCCCAUGCACAACGUCCUCAAGGCCGUGGCCUACAAGGCCACCCACCAGCCCGAGCGCAUCGUCCGCGCACUGCUCAACCACGGCUCCAUACGCGUGUGGCCCGGGGCCCUGCCCAAGGUACUGAAAUACUGCUGCGACUCUCCUCGCACAAUCGAGGUCCUCCUGAACGCGUACGACCGCCUCAAGAUCACAGACACCUGGGUGGAGAAUGUUCCGCCUGACGUCUUCCAGACGCACAGAGGCUUCUACGAGUCCCUGUUCUCCCUGGCGCAAGGUCCCCGCUCGCUCCAGCACCUGGCCCGCUGCAAGCUCAGGCUAGUCCUGGGAGCGCGCGUGCCCAGCGCUGUCCCCAAACUGGGGCUGCCCACCUUCCUGCAGAACUACCUUCUGCUGGAGUUCAGGGACUACGUCCACUGAGGAGGAGCGUGGCGUCUCCAUGCCGACACUGCCCGCCCACCCCACAUCCCUUCCACCUCACGCCUGACCCCGGAUGCCGAGGCUUCUGCAGGGCUCGAAUCGGCCCAGUUAACCGUCCUCCAACGUGCUCCAUUUGGACACUGCUUCCCUUUUUUCUACACAACUAUUUCUGAGAGGGAUGUUGUUUUUGUCUUUGUAUGCCAUUUGCACUUCUUAUUGGCCCAGAUGGUCAAACCAGAAGCUUACAGUACCACAGUUGGAGCAAAUUUCUGUCCACUACAGACCCACGAACAGCAAUGCACUGUGUAGCGUGAAACACUUUAAAAACACAUUCAAGUUGGUGUACUGCAGUGUCCACUGUGCACUGUUCAUAACCAAACAGUCACUCGGGCCAUCUGAAAGAUAGCCUCAAAUGCAGUGUGAUCACUGAUUGUGCUCAAAACUGU